UUUACUUAAUUUUAAUAUUGUACAAAAUAUUACAGUGUUUUUUAAAUUUAAAACGAAUAUCUAUUGUAACCAGUGCAAUGAAACCUAUAUUAGUUAAUUUGAACAUUGGUGACCAAUUGACGGCUACAUCAUGCGGCCAUGUCGUAGCAGAAUUAAUUAAAUUUAUUGCUCAUCAAAGGCUACAAAUACCAUAUACCUAUCAAUGGUUAAAACAAGUGGUUAAUAAGAAAAAGAUGAGUGAAAAUGUUGACAAAAAAGAGAGUCUACAAUCUGAAAUGCAUUUUCGUCUAGUCUCCAGCGCCUUAGAGAACUUGGACUUCAUUUUAAAGAGCCUACUUCAAGAGAUAAAUGGUUCAAUGAUCCCAGAAGAAGUGUGCAUUGCACUUGGGAGCACUGCCAUAACCUGCAAGGAAAUUUACCGACUGCUGCUGCCCACUGUCUGCCACUCAUCACAAUGUCACUCGGUCCACAUUGCGACAGACCAGAAAAUACAGAGAGAAGUCUUCAAAACCCUAGUGACAUCAGAUCUCAGUCAAGUGAUCUUCUCUCCCAUGACCCCAACUAACAUGUACAUCUUCAUAAGAAGGAAGCAAACUAAUAUGCCCGUGGCCAGCGACACGUUUGUACCAGCCCGAGGGUGCAGGCUCCCGAAGAACACAAAAAUUGUAGUUGUUGACUUCCGAUCAGAGAAGCCUGACAACCUCUCCUGUUGCAACGAUUUCCAGAUAUUUGGAGAAGUUAUUAGUGACAGCAUGGUAAACUUGCAAUUGGGUGAAGAACCCAAUUUUAGUGAGAUUGAAUCCAGUGAAACUAUGGUAUGGUACCAGUCUUCAUAUGUAAUGAAGGGAUUUAAAGACUGUAUUGUUAAUGGAAGCUCAAUCACUAAUAUGUGGCUUGAGUCUUGAUGAGACUGAUCAUUUAGCACAUUUAUAGUAUUGGCUUUUAAUAUAUUCUUUGAGUACUCGAGUUUCAUGAUGCGCAAAUGUCACCAUCACCAGGGGCGGCUCACUCCGCGAUUCUAUCGCUGCGCUACAAGUAGCGCCGGCGGCUGCGAGUUCGCAGCCCAUUCAGUGGUGACGACCUUCGUGCGGCGCAAUAGAAUUAAAUGUUGGCUGCUCGCGUGCAGUCCGUUUCUUAAUGUAGGUAAGAAUUUAGAAUGGCGGCAUUUUGUGAACAUCAAAGGAGUGAGCCUUCUGUACUAGCACUAUUAUAUAUUCUGUGUCAUCACCCCAUACCAUCUAUGGCCUUUUAAAGCUGCUAAGGUAAAAGGUUUUUGAAAAUUACCUCUUUGGUAAGCAAUGCCUUACUAAAACCCAUCCAAAGCUCUCAAAUGGGAUUCUAAACCGCAUUGAGAUUUAAAGCUUUUUUCUCUAUCAUCUUAUGCCAAUUCUAUUAUAUGUCAAUGGGAGAGCCUUACCACAUGAAAUAGCACAACUACAAUUUUAAGGUGAUAUAUUAUUAGCCAGUACUAAUAUUAAGAUAUAGUGAAAUUUAUUAUUUCAAUUUUAAACUUAUACAGGAUGUUUAGUGACCUGCCUAUAUGGAGUAUGACAAAGCCUCUUGCCGCCCAAUGUACAUUGAGAUGUACAUAUUUUUCAAUGGAAUUGUACCUGACAGUUCUGUUAUGAAAACAAAUAAGGUAAAAUUUCUUUCUCUUUAACAUUUUUGAAUAUCAUUCAUCUCAAAAAUGUUUGCAGCCGACUAAAAAAAUACCCUGUUACUGAUAUAAGGAAAAAUGUACUUAAUGAUUUAAUGAAUUAUUAGAACAUCAUUGUUAUAAGAUUUGCACAAAAUAUUCUCAUGUUGCCAUAGAAGAUUAUAACGUAAUAUAGCUUAGGUAGGUAGAUAAAUUUUUGACUAAGUUGGUGAGUGGGUGGUAAUGGUGGUAUAUGCUUACUGUUCACAUAGUUUUAUUGUGUACCUUUAAAUAUAAAAAUAAUUUGUUUUAUUUUAAUCAAAGUAUUUUUUUUAUGUUACUCAAUUCCAAUAAACUGACGUAAAUACAUUGAAAAACGGUUUCUUAUAUCCAAAAAUAUUAGAUAUAAAUAUAACUCUAGAUACCUAUGUUAAAUAUUUGACUAAGUUGGUUAGUGUGCGGAACCUAUACGCUACUUUACACAUUGUUUUAAUGUGUGCCCAUAAAUACAAAACAAUUUUGUUUUAUUGUAAUCAAAGUUAUUUAAUAUGUUACUCAAUUCCAAUAAACUGACGUAAAAACAUUGAAAAAAAGU